AGAACCCCCACGAACUCCUCUUCCUCUUCCUGUUCACUCAUCAGUUUAUGAUAAAAAAGUUCACCAGUUGAAUGUUUGGCUCGUUCUCGGUGUGAUCUGCACGCCGAUGACUUGCUUUGGCUGAACUGUUCCUUUAAUGUUCCUCUCAGAGCCCAUGUGCUACGACUGGGGCGAGUCCAGCGUGGGGGCGGUCUCUGUCGUGGAGGGCGAGGUCGGUUGGCUCUCCUGUCCUCUUUUCUCUCAUCCCUCUGUCUACAACUACACCUCCACCCAGAGCGCCGGGCACAACCUCUUCUGGUACCGCCUCCCCGAGGGCCACGACCUGGAGCAGCCAAUCACGUACAGCUCGCGGCUCAGCAAAGACAGAGAGAGACUUUUUCUGCAGCCGGCCAUCGCCGACGACACCGGCCAGUACAUCUGCAUGCUGCGUAACAAGUCCUCCUGCAGUAAGAUCGCCAUCCGCCUCAAAGUGUUGCAGCCGGACGACGUCGUUAAGUGUGGGCUUCCAGUUGCUGUGGCACCGAUUGAGGACUUGAUCCCUUUGCAGGAGGGGAAGACGUUGGACUGUCCAGACCUGCAGGACGCCACCAAGAUGUCAGAGAGCACGCCAAAGGUCCAAUGGUACUUUGCGGCGCACCUGGUGUGUGGCUGGUAUCCGUUCUGGGACAGCGACAGGGAGCAGAAAGGAAACAGUCUGCAGGUUCACCUCAUGAUGGAACAAUAUCAGGGUUUGUAUUACUGCAGAGUCCAGUACCAGAGGAGGAACCAAACACUCAACUUUACCAGGAGCAUAAACGUCACCGCCAUCUUGCCCCUCUCGCUGCCCAAAGAGCCCAGCAUCAUGAACCCGACAAAUGACCAGAUCUUCACUGUCAAAACAGGCACCGAGGUGCGUCUGGUGUGCAGAGGUCAGCUUCCGUUUGUCCUGGACAAACCCUCGCGGGAGAUCUGGUGGACGGUUGAUGGGAAGACGCUGGACAAACUUCCUGAUCGAUUCAAACAAAUUAACAGGGUGGUGAGAGACCACUUCAGGGACCUGACUAUCGAGAGUAUCCUCGUGAUCCAGGAUUUCCAGUCCCAAGACAUGAAGCGAGAGUUUUACUGCUCCGUGAAGAACGAGCGAGGCUUCGAUACACGCAGAGCUCAGCUGGAGGAGGAAGUGUCGCUGCCCACCGUGGAGCUGGGCUGCGGCCUCGGCGUCACUCUGCUCCUCAUGCUGAUCCUCUUUGUGGUUUAUCAUGUCUUCUGGCUGGAGCUGCUGCUGCUCUAUCGCUCCUGGUUCGGCACAGACGAGCGGCACACAGAUGAUAAGGAGUUCGACGUGUACAUUUCCUAUGCGAGGAACAGCGAGGAGGAGCAGUUUGUUCUGUUGACGCUGCGCAGAGUCCUGGAGAACGAGCUCGGGUACUCGGUGUGCAUCUUCGACCGAGACAGCCUGCCUGGUGGGACCAUCACAGAUGAGACUCUGAGUUUUCGUGGGUCUCGCAGCAGGCGCCUCCUGGUGGUUGUCAGCCCGGCACGCCCGCAGGGCUCCCAGGCUCUGCUGGAACUCAAGGCCGGCAUUGACACCAUGGCACUAGCCGGGCACCUGCGGGUGAUCCUGGUCCAGUACAAGCCGGUCCGGAGGAAGGGUUGGGUCAGGGAGCUGAGGCGGGCCCGGGUGGCCCUGGCGCUGGUUCGAUCAGGGGACAAGUCCAGAGAGCUGUCGUCACGCUUCUGGAAGAGGCUGAUGGAGUUGCCCGUGAGGAGGGUUAGCAGCCGAGGGAGGGACGAAGAAGAGAGCAAGGAGGUGGCGCUGAUGAGACUUCACAGUCAGAACAGUACAAACUCCCAAACGGGGCUCAUCAGCAACACCAUCAAAGACCCGCAGAAAGUCCUGAACUCUGCAGCGUAGCAGCAGCUCUCUGAGAACAGUUACACCUUUAAAGUUACAGCUGAUGGAGCUCAGCAUGGGGAAGGCUCGUGUUUUCUCUGAAUGAGAGUUAUUAUAGUCAUGUUUUAGACCAGGACCAACUCAGACUUAUUCAUUUUAUGAAACAAAGUUUCAUUUUCCCUUUAAAGAUGUGAAAAAGUCCACAGCCAUGCUAGCAGCUCUGUCAGUAUUUACACCAGAAAGCAUUUCCCAACAACAAGCUAAUGUUUUUAUCAGUGUUGCAUUAUGAACAAUGCUAAACUUUUCAUGUAAAAUGGCACGUUUCAGCGCCCUGGGUUAUUGAGACUGUGCUCCAGCCUCGCUUCCUCUUCAGGUGAUGUUUGGCCAAAACCACUUACAGAUACCCACGAGGUUUCCUUUGCCCACCGUGCAACGACACAUGAUGUCAUAGUGUGACUUGUUUUGGAGAAAGUUUCAGUUUUAAAUGUGACAGUCGCAUUUUUAACACAAAACCACAAUAUUUGCUGAAGCCAACCAAAUUCCUGAUGCCUGAAGCUAGCUGCGUAGUUCUUGGUGCUUAAAUAUAACAGUGAAGUCUUGACUGUGCUUUUGUGGUUGACAGAGAACACCAUAUGAGUUCAGUAGUCAAGUCUAUUUAUAUGAACCAUAUAAUCAUUGACCAACAGGCUGCACAAUAACCAAAACCUCCCAAAUGGUACAAAAUAGUUCAAGUAAUUUAAAAACUGUUAAAAAAAAUACAGUUGGAAUGAACUAUGAACCAAGCUCCUUGGAAUUUUACAAAAACUGUGUAAAUUUUUACAUCUAGCUGAGAACAGAUGACUGGCUGCUCGAUACCUUUGGUGCAGGUCGAGCCCAGCACUUGAAGCUCAGAGGAUAGAUGUCCAUGUAUGUGUGAGUCGUAUUUCACAGUAAUCAUCUAACAGCUGUGGAGAUAUUUAAAAAAGAAAAUGUAAAUCUCACGAUGGUUCAUCUUUGUGGAAACUGUGAUUGUUUGAAGUGGUUCAUUAAACAUCGACGUUCAAGCGUGGAUGUUACCGUCCUUACUGCAAAGCUGCUAGCAUGGCUAAAAAUGAGCUCCAGACUAACUUUUUAAACGUUUAGUUCAUUAGUUAAAAUGCUGAAAGCACCCCUAGAGGCUGCAGUGUUCAUUACAACAACAGUAAGUCUGUUUUCUCAGUCCUGGAGCUAAAGUCACGGUGCCAUUAAAGCUGGUCGCCCUCGUAUGGAGAGCAGGAGGAGGACGAUGCAGGUGCUCCGCUAGAAGUGUUUGUUGGAAAUGUGGAUAUUUUAAAGGUUUUCAGUGUCACUCAUUUUCAUUCAACUUUGAUAUUAGCUGCCAUUUCAUCAUCUACAGUAUCCACUCAUUAUCACGUGCGUCAUUAUCACAUUCAUGUAUUUCAUGUAUUUUGUUUGUCCAGAGUUAAAAACUUUGAAGACGUUUGUGCUUUCUAAACUGGUGCUUUAUAAAAGAGGUUUGGUUUUACUUUAACUGUAUUUUGUGCAAACAUGCACAAAAUAGGCUUAAACACAUGUUAAUCAAAUCGUAACACACAGUUAACACACUAAUAGACUAUAGAGGUGGAUUAAAAUUAAGCUCUGUAUCUGUAUCAUGUUAGCAUUCAGUGUUAGGUAGAUAUGGGUUCAGUCGUUUUUUACUACAUAUCCUAUAAUAACCAGUAUCAGAAUACAGUGACCUGUUGGUGGGACUGGUGGAGAGGUUUAGGAUAACAAAGUGGGUAAGAUUCAUCCUCGGGGGGCCACGAUGACCAUCUAUACAAAAUUCAUUCAAAUCCAUACAAUGGAUGCCAACACAUCACACGUGCCACAGAUGGGCAGCAUUUCCAUUUAUAUAUCUGUAUGUCCUCUGUAGCUGAAUGUAGUCGUAAUUUUAAUUGGUUACAAAGAGCACAACACCUGCCUAAUGAGCAGGUCACUAGCAGACUUCCACAAUCACCUAUAGUUUGUAUGAAAGAUACUGACUUAUCUGAAAAUACCCACUAAAUAACCACCAGGCAGUCGUAAAACUUAAAGUGCGACACAAACUGGAAAUGAAUAAAGUUUGCCUUCAAAGUAAAAGUUAUGCCUUACCACUGAAAUCCACUCAAAGAGUACAACUUUUACUUUGAAGGCAAACGUGGCAACAAGUGAUUUCGUUACCACUCAGUAGUUGACAGUGUUUUCAGACAAAUCGGCCACUUUCAUUCAAAGUACGUACAGCUACAGUAAUCCAAGGCAAUCACGAGGUCUUUGGUACAACCAGUUUCACCCAGUAACAGCAACCUCCAGGAACCAGUCAGGGAACACCCACAUGAUGUGUGCUUGCACACAUGUAACAUAGAAGCAGAUUCAGCUUGGAUAGUUGUGACGUUGAGGUGUUUUUUGCACAGACGCCAGCAGAGAGGUAAAGCUGGGUGUCAUCUGCAUAGAGGAGUUAUCAUACUAAACAACACAUUACAAAGGAAAACCAAGUAUGGAUUCAUGCACUGCAGGUUUUAGAUAUCAGCAUUGAAUACACGUAACCUGAUAUCUGUUUGUUAAUUACUGUGCACUUUCUUUAUUUUCCACUUUAUAUUUGAUAUUUCAACAAUAAAUCAGCUCUCAUUGUUUGUUUUUUCUUACUAAAAUAUGCUACGCUGUUUAUCUCUAACCUGAAAAAUCAGUAUUGUAAUGAGAGACUGCAUCCUGCACUUUGUCACGCUCUGAACUGUAUAUUUUAUUUCUUUUUUUGGUAUAAAAGUCUUUUCCUUUCAUCAUCA